AACGAUAUUGGGUAAAAGGCUUGAAAUCCGGCUUUAAAAUCUUUUAACUUAGUAUCUUCAGCCAUCAAUCAUUGAGUAUGUAUAUUGCCACAGACAGAAUUGUGUCUUGUUUGCUAAUCCUUAUGGGGACAGUUCCUGUCUAGUUUAUAUCACUGUAGGCAGUUUUUUGGCUGUGCACACUGUGCUACUUCUAAGUAAUCUAAAUGUGCUUCCAUCUUCUUUUGAUUGAUAUUGGUAAAUGAAUAACGAGGUAGAAACUGAUCUCUGACUUUGCUACCCAGUGUCAUGUGGUGAACAGCGUCCAUGUUCUCCUGGUUCUGGUCUGUCCAGAGCAACUGACCAAAGAGGGACCAACAUUGCUUCUAAGGACAUCUGCCAGCCCUACCAGCCACUCUGGAGCCAUUAGAGCAAACACCGAAGAAGACAGUGAGCUGUGAUAGUGGUCAAGUCACGGGAAACCUCUCAUCAGCUGAGGGAGCCAUGGAGCCACCAGAGGACAAGUAUGGUCGUUCCUUUGUGGAGGUGAUGAGUGAAAAGUACAGUCCAGAUAACUUUCCGUUACGCAGAGGGCCUGGUAUGGCAGUGGUGGUGGUGCCCACCCCAGCUCCUCAAGGCUCCCCUGUGAAAGACCGUCUGAACCUCCCCAUCGUUCUGGUGUUGAAUAGCUGUGGGAUCAGCAGAGCAGGAGACCGGGCUGAGAUUGCUGCUUUCUGUGCCCAUGUCAUUGAGCUGGACCUGUCUCAUAACAAUCUGCAGGAUUGGCAUGAGAUCAGUAAAAUCGUGUCCAACAUCCCCAACCUGGAGUUCCUGAACCUGAGCUCUAACCCCCUGGCAGAAAUGACCAUUGAGCCGCGAAGUGCUGAAGGCCUUUCCCGGGUCCGACGCCUCGUCCUCAACAACACCCGGGUGUCCUGGGACACCGUGAUGCUGCUCACCACGGAGAUACCGGAGCUGGAACAGUUGUUCCUGUGCCUUAAUGAGUACAGCGGUGUGAGUGCCUCCAGUGUGGUCUGCCCCACCUUGCGGCUGCUUCACAUCACCGACAACAGUCUCCAGGACUGGGCGGAAGUCCGCAAGUUUGGCACCAUGUUCCCAAGCCUAGAGACUCUGGUCAUGGCCAACAACAACUUGGUCUCCAUUGACGACAACAAGGAUAUCCUGCAACGGCUCUUCCCUAAUCUCCGCAGCAUCAACCUGCACAACUCAGGUUUCAACCGAUGGGAGGACAUUGAGAAGCUCAACUUCUUCCCCAAGUUGGAGGAGGUGCGGCUGCAGGGCAUUCCCUUACUGCAGACCUACACCAACACAGAGCGACGCAGCCUCAUGAUAGCACAGCUCCCUUCAAUAUCCCUGCUAAAUGGCAGUGUUGUGACUGAUUGCGAGAGAGAAGACGCGGAGAGGUUCUUCAUUCGUUACCACCUAGACUACCCUGAGGAGGAGCUGCCUUACAGAUACCAUUCCCUGGUAACCAAGUAUGGGAAGCUGGAACCACUUGCUGAGAUUGACCUCCGACCUCGCUUCGUGGCCCAGGUGGAGGUUCACUGUGAGGAAAAAGUGGAACAGCUGAGCAUCCGUUUGGACCAGACAGUAGCUGAGCUGAAGAAGCAGCUGACAACAGUGGUCCAGCUGUCCACCAACAGCAUGAGGAUCUAUUACAUCGACAAGUGCAGCGCCUUUGGUCCAGAAGAAAUGAAGUACAACACCCGGGCCCUCCACUCCUACAGCAUCCAAGACGGUGAUGAAAUACUGGUGGUACCCAAGACCAAGUGAACGGCUGCUGUCCAAAUGGAUAAUAAGAGUGACUGAUUGAUUGAUUGAUUAAUUGGAUUAUUUGUUGCCUGGUUAACUGACAUCAAAGAUAUUUGAAAAAACACACAUGGAACAGCAUCAGCUGCCCACUUUUUGGAAUGAGGAGAGCAAAACAAGAGAAUGAUGUGAGCACCGUCGUGCACAGUGGGCUGCUGGGAGGCUGUAGCUGGAAAUGCAGCCAUUAAGUCUUUAUUUAUUUCAGCUUAAUUUGAGGGCAUCCACUUGAGUAAGUAGACACAUUUGUCACACUGGGAAACAGGCUGAGAGAGUAACUCACAGUCAACUAGCAGCUUAAGCAGAAAAGAGGACGCUGCCGUACCAGCAAAGCUUCACUGCAGUUCUAUACAUGGCAUGUACCUAGCACCUGCAUAAGCAAGGAUCCAACACCACUGGCUUGCCCAAAUGUCAUGAAAACUACCCUGAUUAGCAGAAAGGCUGUGCACUUUUAGAAUGCACACACUAUCAAGAGCAGCAGCAGGAUUUUAGGCAGAAAAAUCCUGUCUAAAACACUGUUUAAUGGUGAUGAUGAAAGUAGUACUUUUCCAUUCCAUUUUGUUGUAUGGUGGUGUUUUUUGGGGGGGUUAAUUGCUAAAGUAAGAAGCUGCUGCAGCACGUUUAGAUAAUUUGUCAAAGUCCAGGAAAAAAUCUAGAAAUUAUUUCUAGAUCCAUGAUAACAAGCGAUAAGUGUGAAAUUUAUCAUAGAAUAUGCAAUUUUAAAUAGUCAUCGAAAAAUCCAGAACCAAUGAAUAGGCACAUUUUGUUAUUAAUUACAAAAGUGUACUGGACACAAGAUCUUCCAGCCGCAAUCACUGCACUGCCUUUUUGUUGAAGGCGCCCCGAUCAGACCAGUUGCAUUUCUUUGGUACUCUUGCUAGGCAACCAUCAAAUCACCAGUCAACCGUUACUUAGGUUAAAUGCCAUAGGUUUUUUUUUGUCACUCUGAGUUGAAAUUUUUUGAACUUCAUCCGUUCAGGAUGAAAAAAAAAAAAAAGAAGUGAGGUGCUCAGUAACGCAAAAGCAGCAAGCAAAACGCUUCAAUCUAAAGCAAUUACAAAAAGCCUCCCAGGCUACUAAAACAUGCUCUGUCUGAUUCGGGUCUCCUUCACCAUUCUCAGUGUGUGUGCCCUGCAGUCUUCAAGUUUCCACAUCAAACUUUUGUUAGUUGCAUAAUGCGUCAGGAUUGGCUUCCAAACUAGUUGUCAUCAUGCUUGUACAUUCACAUGCCAAACUGAAUUUUGAGGUGAGCACAGAUAAACUUUCCCACUUCAGCAGAUGCAUGUAAAAACAGUUUUCUACUGUCAAACCUGCACUGUAAAGGCCAAACAUUCAAUCAAGUGAGUGUGAAGAGUAUUUUAGGUUAUGUUUUCUUUACACUGUUAUGUGUUUUGUACAUUUGUUUUCUGGACUUGGAGAAGGCUUACAACCAUGUACCCCAGGGAGUCCUGAGGAGAGUGUUGGGUACCAAGCCAUCCAGUCCUUAUAUAACUGCAGUGAGAGCUGUGUCAGCAUUUUCAGCAGGAAGUCAAACAGGUUUUUAGUGGGUGUUAAGCUUUGCCAGUUGUCCCUUGUCAACGACUUUGUUUGCAAUUUCCACGGCUAGGAUCUCAAGGCACAGCAGGGGUGGGAGGGUGAUCGGUGUGGGGUACUCAAAAUUGCUUAUCUGUUCUUUGCAGAUGAUGCGGUUCUGUGGGGUUCAUCAGACUGUGACUUCCUGCACGCAAUGAGGCAGUUUGUAGUUGAGUGUGGAGAAGUCAGGGUGAGAGUCAGCUCAUCUGAAUCUGAGGCCAUGGUUGUCUGUCAGAAAAUGGUGGAUUGCUUCGUCUUUGUUGGGAGUGAGUUACUGCCCCAAGUGAAGGAGUUCAAGUAUCUCAGAGUGUUUAUGAGUGAGGGUGAGAGGGAGCGUGAGAUGGGCAGGCGGAUUGAUGCAAAGAGGGAGCUAAGCCAGAAGGCAAUGCUCUCAAUUUACCAGUUGAUCUAUGUUUCGGCCCUCACCUAUGGUCAUGAGCUUUGGAUAGUAGCUGAAAGAACAACAUCACAGAUUAGACAAUUAGUUUACUUGUGAGGGUCGCUGGGCGUGGAGAUGGGAUAAAGAGCUCAGACAUCUGGAGGGAGAUUGGAUUAGAACCAUUGCUCCUUCACGUUGAAAGGGGCAAAUUGAGGUGGUUCAGGUAUUUAGUAUAACCUUUCUAUUGAAAACAUCAUACAAGUGCAUGCGUUAUAAUAAUCAUCCAUCCAUUCAUCCAUUAGCUCAACCCGCUUAUCCUGAUCAUGUUAAUUGAUUUAAGCACAUUCUAGGGAAUAGUAUAAGGUUGCGAAUGUAUCGUUACCUUAUGUGUUCAUGGUCAUUUUAAGGGCACAUGGCAGCAAAGUGUUUUCAUCAAUGGAUUUUGCGUGUAUGGCUAUAUGAUUUUACAAGUUAUUGCUGUCGUUGCUGGCUUUAAAGAAAAUAGUUUUUCUUAAAAAUGUGUUUUUAAUUUUUUUGUGAUAUCAGUCAUAUUUUAUAAUUACUUUAAUUACUUGCAUAUGAUCUUGUUUUAUAGACGUUUAAAUGCUUCAUCAAUGCACUUUCAUUACAUUGAAUCUCUAAUUGUCUAAGAAUAUAAUCAGCAAUUCUUCUCAAACACAUUUCCAUUAUUCAGUUAAAUACUACUGUCUUCUACAUUUCACUCCAUUCUGCACAUAAUUACUUCCACCAAAGAUAGCUCAUUAUCAUAUUAUUGUUUUAUAAUGUGGACUAUUUACACUAUUAAUUAAUUUUAUUAUAUAACAUCACCUUGCAUAAGAGGAGCAUUGAUGCAUAAUAAUUUUUCUUAUAGCAAGCAGCUUAGCAGAGUAGGGAAUUCCUGACAGUGCACAGUGUUAGGCUGUGGACUCAGCGGAUAUUUCAAGCCACUACAUUAAAUAUUCACAUUUAGAUGCUGUUUGGAAACAAAUACCUGUUUGGGCUGUGCUCUCAGUUUUAUCCACUGUUGAUAGAAAAAUCCGCUCAGUGUGCUUUGGCCUCUUUUUACAGUGUUUUUACCUUCCAAAUGCAUUAAUAUCUCAAUUAUGUAGAUGCAACACUAUUUCCCCCCUUACUUUUACAAUUUACCAAUGUUUAUUUUACAACACUACUGCUAUACUUGAAUACUAGAUGGUGUGAUAUAAGCAGAGAAUGUGGUGGCAGCAAUGGCGUAGCAAUGACACACAGCAGGUUAGAUGAAGAGAACUUUGUCACGGUGUAGUGCUGAAUAAUUGUUAGCGUCGCUUGAACCACAGCCAUAGAAUCCAGCUAAACUGAUAUUAUUGUUUUAGUGUCUGUGCUGCUAAUCAGUGUUAGAUUUGUUUGAAGUGUGAGAACAUGCGAUUGCUUUCAGAGUGGGUGAUAUUUUGGUAUGCAUGUUAUUAAUUGGUUUUACAUGUUUUAUGCGAGGAAAGUGGUCACUAUGCCUGCUUAAAGAUUUAUGGAAUGAGGAACUUGAUUGAACUUUGUUUUCAACAAAACCCAAGAAAAUAUUAUAAGUCUUGAUGUAAAUUUAUUGUUUACCUGUUGAAUUCAUCCAGAUUUAGUUUGUAGAAGAACAAUAUGUUAUCACGUUGUUUAUUGUGUCUAUUAUUUACUAUCCAACCUGAAAAUAUUGGCUAAGUCCUUUUAUAGACCCUGAAAAUUUGAUUGAAUUGAAUUGAAUUGAUUUAAGUGUUUCUCUGUACCAUUAAAGAUUCAUGACUAAUAAAGCAACAGAUAAAAUUAAAGUUAGAAACAAUCUAUAGCUAUUAUUUAUUGAGGGUUUAAAAAAAAAAAACUCAGGUAAUUUGCUUCAUCAAGAUUUGAUUGACAGUGGCCUGGCAACAAAAACAACCAUCAUUAUUCAACAAUUUCAUUAAUUUCAAUCUUGCAUGAGAGUUAGAUAAGAAGAACAAUACUUCUCUCUUAUCUGCCUGCUAAAAAUAAAGCUACUGUAAACAGCCAGGGGACAGUUUUCUUAGCAUGAAACUGGAAACAGCGGAAAACAGCUAGCUAGUUCUGUCCAAAGUUAACUAAAUCUGCCUACCAGCACCUCUAAAGCUCACUUACUAACAUGUUAUUUUGUUUGAAUAAUCCAUAUAAAACGUACUGUAUGUGUAAAUACUACGGUUUUUGUGCUGGAUGGGCCAAUUUUUUUGGUGCACCUUCUAGAGUCUCUACUUUAAAAUCUUUUGACACAAAAUAGUUUGUGGUAACAGUCCCCUGUUACCACAACUUGGCAUUCAUACACUUACUAGUGAGCUUUAGAAGUACACAUUGGUGGACGUUUUUACUUUCUGACAGAGUCAGGCAGGCUGUUUCUCCCUUUUUCAAGUUUUUGUUGUGCUAAGCUAAACUAAUAGACUGCUGGCUGUAGCUACGAAUGUAGUGUACAAGAUUAGUAGGAAUAUUCUCAUCUGAUUCACUGCCAGACAUUAAAUAAGCAUAUUUCUAUGACUUUCAAACUGUUUUUUUCAAAGAAGCCCUCGGUGGUUUCAAAAUGCAUUCUUAAAAUAAUUUAGGAAUUCAUGAAUUGAAGAAGUCAAAUGAUUCCUGAAGGGUAAAUAAUUUGAUUAAGUUUGAAAGGUUUGACCUUUAAACUUAAUCAGGUCUAACCUAUUAUCUCUCUCUCCUCAAAACCAGUGCAGUCUGUUAAUGUUGUAAUAAGAAAUUGAAAAAGAUAAUGAAUACAUUGAAAAGCUCUGUAUUUCAUUUGCUUAGUUAAAUACUCAACACAUAAUGCUAGACACCUGGCAGCUUCGGUACAGCCCAUCCUGUUUUAAAUAGAGACAUGUGAAACUAAAUAGAUACUUGCAUCUCUGGAUAUAUCAGUAAAUGCACUGCUUGAGUCAUCAUCUGCCUCUAGUGCACCAGAUCUUAUGUGGAUCUCAGAAGGCUAUAUUUGUCUUUAAUUAUAGUGUUAUAUAUUUUGGUUGGACUGAAUUUGCAGGAUGUCUAGAUUUCAACCCCGCUCAGACUAAUACACCAGUAUUUAAGCUAAUCAUUCACUCAACUAUGUAUAACACAGGAGUGUUCAUAAUAUGUGGCAAUUAAAGCAUUAUCUUUUCUUUGUAGGAACAAAUAUGUAAUACAUAAAAGCAUUAAUGGAACCGAAUGAGUCACCUUUCUUAUAUUAGCAUAUGUAGAGAAAGAUCUAUUACUGAAUGGUAAUAAAUGACUCCCUCCUCA